CAGUGCCAUCACCUGGACAAGCGACCGGAUUGACAUCAUUUAGCAUCGCCGAAAUCCUCUGGAGACUUUGGAGUAUUGAAGAUAAAUAAGAGACGUCGUGAAGCGUUUAACCCCUUUAAAUGAUUUCUGUAUUCAUUUUGCUUUAAUGGGAAAAGCCACUGUUUACUUCUCCCGUGAUCGUCCACACUAAGACGACAUCAUCUCACCAGCUGUCGCGCACCAUCAGGCUGUGACGUCACGGCGAGUCUGUCUCACGGCAUCACAGCAAUUCAGUUCGGAUAUAUUUGUAGCGCUCUAUACCAUUUGUCAUUGUACGAUUUAGUACACAUAGUGGUUGAAAGGUCACGUGUUUUGAACACAGCGAACCGAACGUCAAGUGCAACAUAGUGGAAGUGCGAGAGCUUCAGCAGGUCUGUUUGUGCACUGAGGUAUAACGCGACCGCCCGUAUCGCUGGGACAUGGCCAGGCCAGAGCAGAUCCUGAUUUUAGAGCCUCAACACGAGCUGAAAUUCCGAGGUCCAUUUACAGAUGUGGUGACCACAACUUUGAAGCUUUCUAACCCCACAGAUAGAAAUGUGUGCUUUAAAGUGAAGACAACUGCACCACGUCGCUAUUGUGUGCGUCCAAACAGUGGAGUGAUCGAAGCUGGAACCUCGGUUAAUGUCUCCGUUAUGCUGCAGCCAUUUGAUUAUGAUCCCAAUGAGAAGAGCAAGCACAAGUUUAUGGUGCAGUCGUUAAUGGCCCCACCUGACAUGACUGACAUGGAGGGUCUGUGGAAGGAGGCCAAGCCAGAGGAACUGAUGGACUCUAAGCUGCGAUGUGUCUUUGAAAUUCCAAAUGAGAACGAGAAAACGCAUGAUAUGGACACAAGUAAGAUGAUUUCCUCUAGUUUUUUAAAAUCGGAUUCAUCCACAUUGUCCAUGAAGUUGGGGUCCAGUUUGGAUGAUGGAGAUGUGAAGAGGAUUAUGGAAGAGUGCAGAAGACUUCAGGUGGAGGUGCAACGACUAAGAGAAGAAAACAAACAGAUCAGGGAAGAUGACUGUCUGCGGAUGAGGAAGAACACAGUGAUGGCAGCUCAGCAUUCUACAACUUCAUCUGUCACUGUGAAGGAGGAGGGCUUGAGCAUCAGGGCCAUCGCUAUAAUUGUGCUAUUCUUUGUCAUUGGCGUCACUGUAGGGAAGUUGCUCCUGUAAAGAUAACGGAGAGUUUCGUGACAGCAUGCAAUGUGAAUGAAACAAACCUAACAAACGUAUUUUGAUGCUGAAUAUUCAGUUGCAAUGCCAUAUCAUUUUUGGAUAGUGCUGGGUCACUGAAUUAUGUAAAAUGAAAAUAAACAUUAUUCCACCUUGUGUGCAAAAUAUUAGGGGAAUACAUAAACCAAGCACUGUCCCUAUAGUGACAAAAUGACAUCAUUCAGGCCAUUCUCUGAACUAUUUUAGAAACACUAGUGCUCAAAUAUUCAUACCAAGCUGUUAUCUUAUAUACUGUCAUCUUAACUUCAGAGUUCAACUAAGGUCAGUUAAAAAUUAUGACUGUUUUGUUUAGACAGAUUACAGAAGCUUAUUACAUUUACUUAUAUUUACACUAAAAGCUCUUUCAAAUAUUGACCAUACAAAUGAUUAUUUAUUAAAUGUAUAUGUGCGUGCACACACAAUGAAUAUUAAAAGUCUACACACUCCUGUUAAAAUGGCAGUUGUUUGUUUUGGAAAAAUGAAACGAAGCCUGGUAUUUAUAGCACAGACAAGUGAAGAAUAGAGAGAGUCAGAAAAUAUCAGUACUAUAUAUACUAAUUAUACUCUUGCAGCUCCUUUAAUGAUAACAUAGGUCUCUUGGCAGCUUACUUACCAGUUCUUGGUGAUGUUGCUGUUGUGUUUGUUUUCUGUUUGUUGAUUUGUUAUUGCUAUGUUUCAUUAAAUAUCAUGUUUUGGAAAUAA